UUUAAUCUUAAUUAAAAUAAUAAUAACAAUAAUAAUUAAGUUUUGGAUUUAUUAAAAAGGCAGAGAAGGUCAUCAUAUCACGUAGGACCAGUCGUAUGUCACGUGCAGGAUUUAUAUUAGAGCUCUUAAACCAACCGCUUCCCAUUUCUCCCUUCUUCCCACCACCCCCAACACCACCACAUUCUCCCCUUCGCCGACAAUGGCCGCCGUUAAAAAAAAGCUCCUCAUCAACACCAUCUCCGUCGACAUUGGCUGCGGCAGUUGCCGUAACCCCAAAUCCAUCAUCUCGCAGAUCUUCCGCCCCAAGCCCAAAUCCCCAUCCUCCUACUCCGACCGCCGCCUCUUCCGCUCACUGUCCAGCUCCUCGGAGAAGAAGCUCAGCGAUUCCGACAUGGCCUACGCUCCUGAAGUCGUAGGCGGAGGCGGAUUCUGGAAAAUCGGCGGUGUGAGCGUGGCGGUGGAGAAGGAUUCUAACGAUCCGUAUGUAGAUUUCCGGCAGUCGAUGCUGCAGAUGAUUUUGGAGAACGAAAUUUACACACAGGAAGGGCUUCGGGAGCUUCUUAGCUGUUUUCUCCAUCUGAAUUCACCUUGCAACCAUGGGAUUAUAAUUCGAGCUUUUGCGGAGAUCUGGGAUAGCGUGUUCUGUGCCAGAUCGGCGGCGCCUGCUAGACAGAGACGCCAUGUACGGUCACGCGCCUUCUAACCGUCGCUCAUCAUCAUGGCUUCUGCAUUGCUCGAUCAGUUUUAGUUUUUCUUAUUUUCCUUUUCCUUUUCCUUUUAAUUUAAUUCAGGAAGAUAGGUUCAUUUUUUGGGAUCUUGACGGAGUGUGGGUAUCGGAAUAUGUAAUUAUUGUUUUUCUUUUCUUUCUUUCUCUUUUGCUAAUUGCCAAAUACAUGAAUGAAGGGUGUCUUCUUUUUUUUCUUU